GUCAGUCACCCCGAAAAUGGCGAGAAGUGUGUUACGCUAACAAUAAUUUUAAUUUCUAAAAUAAAUCUGAACAUUUUACCGUAGCAUAAAUCAUAGGUUCAGACCUCAUAAUACGUGUAUUCAGUUCAAAUAGAAAACAGCACAUAAUAACUCUACUGAUAUCAGCUGUGAAGCAGCUAAGCAGUAGACAUGAAAGUGUGGGGAGCUCACGGAGAGUUUUGCGCGCGUCACCAGUGGGAGGUGAUCGUGGCUACAUUAGCCCUGCUAGCCUGCGCUGCCAGCGUCGAGAGAAAUGGCCCAGGGAACAGAUCGGAACACUGCGCAGGAUGGGCCCGAGCCUGCCCGGGCCUCGAAGCCGAGUACCAGGCCGCCGACGCCGUCAUAAUGACCUUCGUCCGCUGCGCAGCCCUCCUAUACGCUUACUACCAAAUCUCGAACCUCCACAAAAUAGCUUCGAAAUAUCUUCUCAUCAUCGCCGGGGUGUUUUCGACUUUUGCCAGUUUCAUCUUCACUUCAGCUGUAGCCAGUCUGUUCUGGAGCGAGUUGGCGAGUAUAAAGGAUGCUCCGUUCCUAUUCCUGUUAGUCGCUGAUGUGGCUAGAGGCGCUAGAAUGGCGAAGGCUGGAUGGUCUGCCGGAGAAGACCAAGGAAAGAGGGUCGGGAGAGCGUUGUCCUUGCUUGGACCCACAGCUACAUUAGACACACUUCUCGCUGUCUUAUUAGUGGGAGUUGGAGCAUUAUCUGGGGUUCCUAGAUUAGAACACAUGUGCACAUUCGCCUGUCUAGCUCUGUUGGUAGACUAUUUAGUAUUUGUAACAUUCUACCCCGCCUGUUUGUCUUUAGUAGCAGACUUCGCUUCAGGACGUAAAGAAAUGUCGUCAGACAAUCCAUUCUCUGAAGCUGACUUAAAACCGAACCCUGUUGUUCAAAGAGUGAAAAUGAUUAUGGCCGCCGGUCUCUUAUGUGUACACCUGACCAGUAGAUGGCCCUGGAGUGCUGAUAACGGGAUCAUAGAAGGUCCAACAGACACAUUAACCCCUGCCCCGAAUGACAACAUCCUCCUACAUUCCUACGUGAAAUGGUUCUCCGUUUCCGCUGACUACAUAGUUAUAGCGACACUACUCUGUGCCUUAAUUAUUAAAUUCAUGUUCUUUGAAGAGCACCGAAGCUGGAUCAUUGACAUGAAUGAUAUGACCGUCAAAGAAGUAGUUCAGGAGCAAGCUAGAAUUAAGCCGAAGUUCUCAGUAGGAGACGAUUCUAAUUCUGACGUGUCAACACAAACUGAGGGAGUUUCUGAAGAAGAGUGGCCUACUCUCUCACCAAGCUCUUCCGCAGCUAAACUGAACUCUAAAAAACGUCCAAUGGCUGAAUGCCUCGAAAUAUACAGAUCUGAAGGAGGCUGCAUCUCUCUUAGUGACGAGGAAGUGAUAAUGUUGGUAGAACAAUCGCAUAUACCUCUGCAUCGAUUGGAAGCGGUGUUGGGUGAUCCUCUUCGCGGGGUUAGACUGCGAAGGAAAGUGGUCGGUACAAGAUUCCAAACCGAGCUAGCUAUAAAACAACUGCCUUACUUAAAUUACGAUUAUUCUAAAGUUUUGAACGCGUGUUGUGAAAACGUGAUCGGUUACGUUGGAGUGCCGGUAGGGUACGCAGGCCCGUUGGUCGUUGACGGCAAGGCCUACAUGAUUCCAAUGGCGACUACUGAGGGAGCCUUAGUUGCUUCCACGAAUAGAGGAGCUAAAGCUAUUGGUCCAAGAGGUGUAACAAGCGUGGUAGAAGACGUAGGCAUGACGAGAGCGCCCGCAAUCAAACUACCAAACGUUGUCAGAGCACACGAGUGCAGACAAUGGAUAGACAAUAAAGACAACUACGCCUUAAUCAAAGAAGCCUUUGACUCCACGUCAAGAUUCGCUCGCCUACAGGAGAUACACAUUGGCGUGGAUGGAGCAACAUUAUACUUAAGAUUUAGAGCUACCACAGGAGACGCUAUGGGUAUGAACAUGGUAUCCAAAGGCGCAGAAAACGCCUUAAAACUCCUCAAAAACUACUUCCCAGACAUGGAAGUUAUUAGCUUAUCUGGAAACUAUUGUUCUGACAAAAAAGCAGCUGCUAUUAACUGGGUGAAAGGUAGAGGGAAGCGGGUGGUCUGUGAGACCACUAUAACUAGCGAUAAUUUAAGGACGAUCUUCAAAACUGACGCUAAAACUCUGGCUCGGUGUAAUAAGAUUAAGAAUCUCUCGGGUUCGGCUCUAGCCGGGUCCAUCGGUGGCAAUAAUGCCCAUGCUGCGAAUAUGGUGACCGCUAUUUACAUAGCAACGGGCCAAGAUCCUGCUCAGAAUGUAACCAGCUCGAAUUGUUCAACGAAUAUGGAAUGCUGCGGGGAGAAUGGUGAAGAUCUGUACGUUACUUGCACCAUGCCGUCUUUGGAAGUGGGUACUGUCGGUGGUGGCACGAUUUUGACGGGUCAAGGCGCUUGUCUGGAGAUACUAGGGGUUAAAGGAGCCGGGGUACGUCCUGCGGAAAAUUCAGCGAGACUGGCUUCCUUGAUUUGCGCCACUGUUCUAGCUGGUGAACUAAGCCUAAUGGCUGCUCUCGUCAAUUCAGAUCUUGUCAAAUCACACAUGAGACAUAACCGCUCCACAGUUAACGUACAAGCGGAAACCAUAACUCUAAAAGUACCGACGUUAUAACACAAAGUUUUUUUACGAAACACUUCUCCUUAUUACAGGGGCCUUAUGGAAAACCGUUCAAGUUUCAUGCCGUUUUUGGUAACUUACUGAAUCGAUGUGUAGGGCGUAGCACUGUGCUUGAUUUAGCUGGCUAUGUGAGAAGUCUGGUAUAAGAGAAGCUAGAAGGUAACAAGAAAUCACGAUAAUCGAGAGUUUUAUCAAUUUAUAAGAUGUUGUGUUGAAUGUUUUUAUUGUAAAAUUAUUAUGACAUUUGGCGGAAAAGGGAAUAUUGGCGCCAUUUUUGCUUUCUUUAUUCUUAUGGCAUUAUCGUAAUUGACAAAGAGGCUUUUUGCAAAUGCUAGAUGUAACGUUGUCUAUGAAAAAAAUGAUUUCCCUUUUUGCCAUGAAACUAAAUAAGAUUAUUGAGUGACUUUUUUACUUUUUUAACAACACGAGGAGUCGGUGGCCUAUUAUAAGCAAAAUAAUAUAUUUUAUGUUAUAUCAAAAUGGUAUUAUUGACAAUAUUAUAUAAUAUGUAUUUAGUUUUAUGGCUAAUGCUGCAAAUGUGAAUCGAGAA